AAAGAACACUAAAAGUUUGCUAUUUAUAUCUUUUCUAACUGUAUAGUUUCUAACUUGUGUAAAAAAAAAAUCAGAACUCCAACUCUUUAUUAGUAGUUUGGUCUUUAUCAGAACAAAAAAAAAGAUGCUGCUGCAGAAAAUAUGCUUCUUCGUUGAUUUCGGUUAGUGGAAUUAAGGAAGUUUGGGAACUUUUUGUCAUAAUCGUGCGGAAAAGGAGAAGAAAAUCACGAAGUUAAAAUCAACCGAUGGUUUAUUUCUUUGUUUGUUCAUUAAUGAACAUUUAUUUUGAAAAUUCGGUUCCAGUUUUUCCUGACGCUAAUUUUCGGAGGAAGUAACUGUACUAGUCUAUUGCAAUAAAGAAAAAAAAAGACAAAUAUUUAUGUUUACAUAGGUUUUUGUGGACUAUACUUCAGGGCAUGUGUUUCAUCAUUCCAGCACUGCUAACUGAAGCAUUUCCGCCACUCUUCAAUUCUCGGAGAACUCGAGCUGUAAUCCGGGACCGGAAGUAUAUGUUAAAUCCAUGAAGACGGUCGGAAAUCAUUGCUUUUAGCGAUACAGGUAGAAAAUCAGAUUUGCUUCGGUAGAAUGCUGUAGUUUCUCUGGUUAUUCCCACUAAAAUGACGCGGAUUCGGAUACUUGGCCAUUGCAGCUGUCUUUUUCUGUAGCUUUUAAUAGCCGCCUGCUCACAACUCAUUUUCUCAAUGAUGGACCCUCUAUAGUCGCUCUUUCUGACUCGCUAAUGAAUAAUCUAAAGGAAUAAUGAAUACUCAUCAAAAUCCCUGUUUGGGGUGGGACUAGAAUCAAGAGCCUUGAAGGGACGGAAGACUUGCAAGUCUUCUACUAGCGCGAUCCCGAGUGGACUCUGGGAAGCUUUUUUUUUUCCUUUUUCUUUUUGCAAGGAAGGGCAGUUCAUUCAUGGCUCCAGGGAAAACAACUAGGAAAACUAUCCGGCCCCAGCUGGAUCGUCAAUUUCUCCACCGAUUCCUAAAGAUCCAAACAGUUUUAUUCCCUACCUUCACCUCUAAGAAUGUGCUGAUGUUUCUAACCUUACUUGUAGUUGCUUUGUUGACUCAACUGAUCAUUUACCAGGUGGGACUGAUUCCCAGUCAAUAUUUCUCAGUUCUGGGAAGGAAAGAUCUUUAUGAGUUCAAUAGGGUGACCGCAGUUGCUCUGAUUCUCAUUGUACUCAACUCUUUGCUGAAGAGUUUAGACCAGUUUAUCUGCAAUCUAAUGUAUGUCAGCUGGAGAAAGACUCUCACUGAAUACCUUCAUGGCUGCUAUUUUCAGGGCCAGGAGUAUUAUACUCUGAAUGUUCUACAUGAGGAAAUUGAUAAUCCAGACCAGAGAAUCAGUCAAGAUGUAGAAAGAUUCUGCAAACAGCUGAGUUCCAUGGCCAGUAAGCUGAUCAUCUCGCCCUUCACCCUUGUUUAUUACACCUAUCAAUGUUUUUACAGCACUGGUUGGCUGGGUCCUCUAAGCAUCUUUGGCUAUUUUAUCAUUGGGAUUAUUGUUAACAAGUUCCUAAUGAGUCCCAUUAUUUCAAAACUGGUGCACCAGGAAAAGCUUGAAGGUGAUUUCAGGUUUAAGCAUAUGCAACUGCGGGUGAAUGCUGAAUCUGUUGCUUUCUACAGAGCUGGGGAAGUUGAACACAUGCGAACCAACUACAAGCUUCAAAAUCUUUUAAAGACGCAAAGGGAACUGAUGGGAAAGGAACUAUGGCUAUACAUUGGGAUCAAUACCUUUGACUAUUUGGGCAGCAUCCUUAGCUACAUGAUGAUUGCCAUUCCUAUAUUUAGUGGAGUAUACAAUGAUCUGAAUCCCACAGAACUGAGCUCCUUAGUUAGCAAGAAUGCCUUUGUCUCCAUUUACUUGAUUCACUGUUUCAGUCUCCUAAUUGAUCUCUCUACCACAUUGUCCGACGUAGCUGGCUACACGCACAGAAUUGGGGAGUUGCAGGAAGUAUUGCUGAACCUUUCCAAGAAGCAAAGUCAUAGUGAAUCACAAGACAAAUGGGACUUCGACAGCAUUUCUAAAGAGAAGAGGACCUCAAAAGACACUGCUUUUGUUCUGGAGCAUGUUUCCCUUGCUGCUCCUUCCAGAAACCUGCUUGUCAAGGACCUAAACCUGAGAGUCACACAAGGGAAUAAUCUCCUGAUUACUGGGAAUACAGGCACAGGAAAGACAUCUUUGUUGCGUAUACUCGGAGGCCUGUGGAAGUGCAAGCAGGGGGAAGUCCACAUGCUGACUUCCUUUGGCCCCCAUGGAGUGGUGAUCAUACCUCAGCGUCCUUUUUUCACAGAUGGAACACUGCGGGAACAGAUUAUAUACCCUCUAAAGGAAAUCUAUCCAGAUUCUGGGUCUAUAGAUGAUGAAAGGAUACUCAGGUUCCUGGAGCUGGCUGGACUGUCAGACUUGUUAGUGAGAACAGGAGGUUUGGACCAGCCUGUGGACUGGAAUUGGUAUGAUAUUCUUUCACCAGGUGAGAUGCAAAGGCUGUCUUUUGCUCGCUUGUUCUACUUACAGCCCCAGUAUGCAGUUCCAUAGCUGGAUUUUGAAACUGUAUGGAGAAGGAAAAUGGGAGCUAACAAGAAUUGAGAAACCCUGAACUAUUCCCAAACCAAUCACAGAAAAUAUUGGAGUUAAAGCCUCAAGUUAAAGUGCCUUGGAAUCAGCAUGCUUUCAUGGAGAAAGUAUGGCUUGAAAUUUCAAAAUUACAAGUGCCAAGAAGUUUCCAAUUAAGAAAAAAACAUGGGGAGAAAGUUUUUAACCAUUUCUUAUCUUAUACAUUUGCUUUCAAUCCAUUGUUUUGAUUGCUGUACAACCUUUCAUCCAGAAAGGAAAGAAUAAUUUUGCUUCAUCUAUGGAAUUCAUUUUUAAGUGUGACUGCAUAAGUGGAAUUAUGCUGGCCUAUAAGGCCAGUAAAUGUAGCACAGCGUCUUUGACUGUAAAAUAACAAUGAAUUUUGUAAAAUGUCAGCACCACUUGGUAAAAAAAAAAUAACCACUCUUGACAUGUUGUGAAGUACAAAAUAUAGCUUUGCAGAGGGUCAGGAUGGGAGGGAGUUUUUUCAGUGAUUCUACUGCUUCCUCAAGGGUCAUUCCUGUGAAAGUGGAGAUGUCAGUGGCCUCUGAGAUGCCACAAGGGUUACUUCUCUCUUUCCUGCUCAUUGCCUAUAUGAAGUUUCUAGGAAAAGCCACCUGACAUUUUGGGGGUUCAGUAUUAACAGUAUGCUAAUAAUAGUCAGUUGUAUCUCAUUACUAGCUGGGCUUUGAGGGGUUGCUAUCAAUGUCCUUUCCCAAGACCUGGAUGGCAGAGAAAAGACUGAAAGUGAAACUUAGUAAAUUGGAGUGUUGGAUACUCAGAGUUCUCUGUUGCCACAAGAUAUCAGAGUGGUUUCUGAUGAGCAAAUACCUAGCUAUCUGCAGGACCACAUCCUCCAAUCAGUCCUGAUCUGACCAAUCAGAGCAAACACAAAGUAUCACUCACCCUACAUUUUCAAGAGGCUGAAGGGCCUGAACCAAGAAGACACUGGUUUUUCAGGGGCAGCACCAAGGCUGCAGGACAGCUUGCUGGUAGAGAUCAGGCCCAGCCCCCUCCUUGUUGAUGUUUCAGAAGCUACUAAAGAUGAAAUUAUUUUAGAAAGACUUCCCCUAAUUUUACUCUACCACCUUUAGCUUGUUUUAUUGUUUGUACUAUUAUAUUUGAUGAGUGGCUUUUUUUUUUACUGUUUUUUGUACUGUAGAAGUUUUACUUGGUUUUUAUAGCCUAUGUAAGCCAGCAAGCAUCUUUGGCUUGUGGCAAGAUAAAGAUGUGAAAAAUAAA